CAGGAAGUAUAAAUAGGGUCCGAUCUCCUUCAUGCGCAAAUUAGGGCUCUGCUCCUUUCACUUUCACAUCUUCGUGGCGCCAUCUCCACCUUUAAAUCCCGGGUAUUAACUUGAACUCAAGAAGUUAAAUGAGAUAUGAUGUCUGAAGAUACUGGUCCGUUGUUGGUCGUGUAUGAUGAUCCUUCUGACCAACAGUCCUUGUCUUUAGACGAAACCGGCAGCACGGAGGAGUCACCUGAUGAAACCAGGCUGUCCCUGGAUUCAAGUAAUGAUGCAACUCCAUAUAUAGGGCAAAGAUUUCCUACUCAUGACUCUGCUUAUGAGUUUUAUAGUGAAUUUGCUAAGAGAUGUGGCUUCUCGAUCCGAAGACACCGAACAGAGGGAAAAGAUGGGAUUGGGAAAGGCCUCACAAGGCGGUAUUUUGUUUGCCAUCGUGCUGGUAGCACACCUAUUAAGACACCAAACGAAAAUAAGCCUCAGAGAAAUAGAAAAUCCUCUCGGUGUGGAUGUCAAGCUUAUAUGAGGAUAAGCAAAACAUUGGAACUAGGACCACCAGAGUGGCGUGUCACUGGUUUUGCAAACCACCAUAAUCAUGAACUAUUAGAACCAAACCAAGUCCGUUUCCUUCCAGCAUAUCGAACAAUUUCUGAGAUUGACAAGGGUCGAAUUCUUAUGUAUGCCAAAUCAGGAAUUUCUGUGCAGCAAAUGAUGAGGCUCAUGGAGCUGGAGAAAGGUGUAGAGCCAGGAUAUUUGCCAUUCACUGAGAAGGAUGUAAGAAAUCUACUUCAAUCAUUUAGAAAAUUAGAUCAUGAAGAAGAGAGCAUUGACUUAUUGCGGAUGUGCAGAAACAUUAAAGAGAAAGAUCCGAAUUUCAAAUUUGAGUAUGUGAUCGACUCAAACAACAGGUUAGAGAACAUUGCCUGGUCAUAUGCAUCAUCCAUUCAGGCAUAUGACACAUUUGGUGAUGCAGUGGUCUUCGAUACCACACAUCGAUUGACAGCAUUUGACAUGCCACUUGGGAUAUGGGUUGGAAUUAAUAACUAUGGCAUGCCUUGCUUCUUAAGUUGUGUACUUCUUCGGGAGGAGAAUUUGAGAUCGAUUACAUGGGCUUUGAAGGCAUUCAUGGGAUUCAUGAAUGGGAAAGCUCCACAGACAAUAUUAACGGACCAGAAUGUGUGUCUCAAAGAUGCAAUAGCGAUGGAACUGCCUACUACUAAGCAUGCACUUUGUAUUUGGAUGAUUGUGGCAAAGUUUCCAUCAUGGUUUAAUGCUAUUCUUGGAGAACGUUACAAUGAGUGGAAAAGUGAAUUCUGUCGACUCUAUAAUCUGGAGUCAAUUGAGGAUUUUGAGAUAGGGUGGAGGGACAUGGUAAAUUCCUUUGGUCUGCAUACUAAUAGGCACAUUGCCAACUUGUACAGUUUGCGAUCUCUUUGGGCAUUACCAUUCUUGAGAAGCCAUUUCUUUGCUGGAAUGGCAACUAUUGGCCAGUCAAAAGCAAUCAAUGCUUUUAUUCAGCGAUUUUUAAGUGCACAGACCCGACUUGCUCAGUUUAUUGAACAGGUAGCUGUUGUUGUGGAUUUCAAAGACCAAGCUGGAGAACAACAAACAAUGCAACAAAAUCUUCAAAAUAUCAGCCUCAAAACAGGCGCUCCAAUGGAAUCGCAUGCUGCCACCAUCCUUACUCCUUUUGCCUUCUCGAAGCUCCAAGAACAACUAGUGUUGGCAGCCCAUUAUGCAUCUUUUCAAAUGGAUGAUGGAUUUCUUGUGAGACAUCAUACGAAAACUGAUGGAGGUCGGAAGGUGUAUUGGGUACCUCGGGGCAUCAUAAGUUGCAGCUGCCACCAGUUUGAGUUCUCAGGAAUUCUUUGCCGUCACGCUCUUCGAGUCCUAUCGACUGGGAACUGUUUCCAGAUACCCGAUAGCUAUCUUCCCAUACGAUGGAGAAGGAUAAGCAUGCCCUCAGCGAAGCUUCUUCCAAGUACUACAAACGAUCAUGCUGAAAGGAUUCAGUUGUUGCAAAGCAUGGUGACAAAUCUUGUUACUGAAUCUGCAAAAUCCCGGGAGAGGCUUGAUAUCGCAACUGAACAAGUGUCUCUCCUCUUAUCCCGUGUUAGGGAACAUCCCACGUCAUUGCCAGGUUCAAGGGAUGUUUCUACCAUACACAGGAACUUGUAACUUAUGUUGUAAACAAAAAUUAGGAAAUUGAGUUAAGGGAACAUUCUGCAUGGAGCGAGCCCAAUUUCGAUUGCUGAUCUGGUUCAGAGAGAGAAUUAGGUAAAAGUGAUCAUUUCAAAGGCCAAAGAGCUUAGUUUCAUAUCUCAUUAGGCGUAGAAUAUAUAUAUAUUGAUGUUACAAAUGAAAAAGGUGUCGUGUUAUAAAUACUUGCUUGAGAAGGAUUAUUAACCUUCUCCACAAUUCUGUAAUGUAAAAUAGUUGACCUAAGCGUGCUCUCCUGUGUAUGCAUUUCCUUCGGUUCUAAUUCUUAAUUUACAAAUUUGCCUCA